AUGAACAUUCCCGCCAAUUGUAAUAUUUUAUUUGUAGGAAUUAAUCCAAGUGCUGCUAACCCUCAAGCCGAUUAUUUCGAAACACCAAACAAUCAAUUUUAUCGAUUGAUUAACGAGAGUGCAGUUACCGGUGAGAUUCAAGUGAACAGAGCUUCCGAGCUUCGCUUGAUCAAUGCAGGUGUGAUGAACUUUGUGGACAGAGCCACCCAAAUGGAAAAAGAAAUUAAUAAUGAUGAAAUGGCUGCUGGAAAAUAUCGUUUGCAAAUUGCAGUACAAAAGUUUCAUCCAAGGGUCAUUUGUUUUGUGGGUACAAAAUGUUGUAAAUAUACUUUGUACGUUCCCCGUACAAACAACAAUGUCAACUUUGGUCUGCAGCCCAGAAACUUUGAGGGUGUACCUGUCUUUUGCGUGCCUCAUGGCAGCAACAAAGGCAUAAAUUUGACUUUCAAUGAUAAAUUAAUGUAA